ACAUAUCUGUACAUAUGUAUAUGUAUUUAUUUUUGUUUAUUGUUUUCAAAUUUUAUUGUUAUGGCUAACGCUAGACAAUUGUAUGGCUGCAAUUUUGAGAUCUUUGGCAAAGUGCAGGGUGUUUCCUUUCGCAAAUACACAGAGAAGCAAUCAAAGCAGCUGGGCAUACGCGGUUGGGUUAUGAACACCAAGCAUGGCACUGUACAGGGCGAACUGGAGGGCACUGGCGAGCAACUGCAACAGAUGAAGAGCUGGCUACAGACCAAGGGCAGUCCCGAGUCACACAUCGAGAAGACAUCGUUCAGUGACCUGCGUCAGAUCUCAAAAUAUCAUUUCGAUAACUUUAGUAUACGUGAAUAGAGUCUGAGUUUUUUUCCUUUCCUUCUUUCUAUGUAUCUUGAAUAGCUCUUCAAUAAAUGUGUGAAUAUUAAAUA